UAGGACAUUUACUGUGUGGACUAUAGUGUGUGACCUUCCGGUGUGGUGCUCCGUGUUCCUGUUGGAGGGAGUCGCUCGCCAACAUGUUUCUAAUGAAGCUCUGUCCCGUUUCACCGAGCAGCCUGCUCUCACGGUGUGUUUUCCCUGUGCUCCCCCAGACAGUGGCCCCGGCCCGGUGCUCGGCCCCGGGGCUCGGCCAGGCUUCCCUGCUGCACACCCCCGGAGCUCAGUGGAACUCCAACAGGACGUCGGUGGUGCGCUUUGGCCGCCAGAAGUACGAGCGGCUGUACCCGGUGCUGCUGGUCCGACCUGAUGGAUCCACAGUCAACAUCAGAUACAAAGAACCCAGACGCAUCCUCAUGAUGCCCGUGGAUCUGUCCAGUCUGUCUGAAGAGGAGCGUCGAGCUCGGCAGAAAAAGAGGGAAGUGAAGAAGACGAAGAAACAGACAACCAUCCACUACGAAGACGACUUUGAAGCUGACAAAUACAGCCACUUCUGGAAGAAGAAGUAGUGACUUGUUUAUAUUGUGAAUAUAAACAAUUCAUAUUCUCUCUUCCGACCCUGCAUUCGUCCAUAUUCAGUAUAUUUUUUUAUAUUGGAAAAGAUCAAACGGUGGACACUGAAACUCAGACCAACGACACUGGCAGAGUACGGCAGGAUGAAGGCCAACGUGCUCUGCUGCUGGGUGCUGACUCUCCCUGACCUGUACCUGCUAAAGCUGGAACCAUUACCAUGCUGAGUUAAUACUUUGGUUUAAUAAAGCUGUGUAUGUGUGUGGUGAAUGUUUAAUAAAGCACACAAACCUGUUGUUGUUAAAGUGCUGUUGGGCUGCACAUGUCCUGGUUACUGAUGUGCUGCAGCAAGCAGCAGCCUGUCCCCUCUCUACUCUACGCUGAGUUAAAUAAAGCCUCCAGGCUCUGAGCAGAC